CACUUCCGGGUUGUCAGAUGUCAAAACAGAGGCAGUGACUGAAUGAAAGCGGAUUUAGCUGUUAAAUUAAAACAGAUGAAUCUGAUCUCAGCUGGUUUUGCUGCAGACAUGGAGGUGACGGUGGAGGAGCAGCAGGAGGUGGAGGAGGAGGUGGAGAGGCUGCUGAGGGGGGAGGGGGAGGAGGUGAAAGGCUGUGACGUGGGUCUGGAGGAGAGUAAACCGGCCACGCUGAGGAGGAGCGUCACCUACAUCGUCUGCGCCGUCAUCUUCAACGAGAAGGAGGAGGUGCUGAUGGUGCAGGAGGCAAAGCCGGAGUGCUAUAAGCAGUGGUACCUGCCGGCGGGGAGGGUGGAGGUGGGGGAGAGUCUGGAGGAGGCGCUGAAGAGGGAGGUGAAGGAGGAGGCGGGGUUUGACUGUGAGCCAAUCACGUUGCUGCUGAUCCAGGAGCAGGGACCUCAGUGGAUCCGCUUCAUCUUCCUGUCCAGGAUCACAGGAGGAGCCAUAAAGACCCUGUCGGCUGCUGAUGAGGAGUCUCUCCAGGCCUCCUGGUGGGACAGACAGUCCGUCCUCCCCCUCCGAGGACGAGACAUCCUGCACCUCAUCCACUCUGGACUCACGUACCGUCAGGAUCCCCAGCAUCCCGUCACGCUGCCCUUGGACCUGAGCUGUCGUCAUGUGGUUCAGAGACUGGUCCUGGUCUUCAUCGGUGCUGAGGAGCAGGUCUUCGUCCUGCUGGUCAGAGGCCCCACCCCUCGCCUCCCCGUGGCGGCGGCGCUGAGGACCCACGCGGUGACGUGGGGGGCCAACAUGGUGGUGCAGGAGGCGAUGGCGUCGUCGUACUACGACUACGAGCUGAACACGCUGGGCGUCCUGAGCCUGCAGCACCACGGCCGCGUCCACGGCCUCAGCGACGGCGUCUGCUUCAACACGCUGGCGGUCCUGGUCCCAGACCCCGUCCAGAGGGACGAGGACGGCCUCAAGCUGGAGUGGACGCCCAGAGGGACGCCGCCGCCCGUGGAGAACCCGCGCUACGUCUGGUUCAGGGUCCGGACGCCGGCGCUGAGAGAGAAGCUGCUGCAGAAGACCAGGAACAGCACAGUGGUCCCCAUCAGCAGCCUCUACUGAGACCCGGACCCCCCAGAACCCCCCAGACCCCAGAACCCCAGACCCCCCAGACCUCCAGAACCCCAGACCCCCCAGAUCUCCACACCCCCCAGACCCCCCAGACCCCCCCGGCCCUCCAGACCCCCCAGACCCCCCAGACCCCCAGAACCCUGGACCCUGAGACACCUAGACCCUUUAGUCUGUUGGGAUUUAUGCUCUGAUCUGAUCUGGUUUUUAUUUUACAGACAAAUAAAUAAAAAUGUUUCGUUCUAUUUUAAA